AUGUCAACCCGGAACUAUUUGGACUCGUCACCUAAUCUCUCUUCGGGCACCAUGUUUAUGGAAGAGGCUGAUAACAUGAUCGUAAAUGCAGUUAUAUCUGAUCUUGUGGAUGUUGUAGCAGCUGAGAUUCCUGCAUCGCAAAGCCAAGACCGGUGUUCAACAUCCGACUCAAAGAAUCUGGCUGAAGCAUUUAUCGCGGCUGAUCUAGUGAAGCUGAACGAUCCACAUAAGAAACUUAACAGACGUGAGCGGAGAGCCCUUCAGAGAAUAAUGAUCGCUGCUGAAGGUGUCCACAAGCAAGAUCCUGUCUCACAAUCGACAUUUGGCGACCCUAAUGCAGAGUUAAAAUGUGCUCAAUCUGUGCAGAAUGAUACUGUUAGAAUAAGAAAUGAGAAACAUGAAGUCUUUGAGGGGUCAGAGAGAGCUAUCAGUUUUGGAAAGCGUUCCGCGGUCACAGAUGGAGGUGAUCAAGAAUUAUUGUCAAAGCUACCGAAAGUUCAGAUCCUUGUGCCUCUACCUCAACCGUCAGUUUUCAAGCGGGAAAACUUGUCUAUGACUUUGUGCGAUAGCGUAUCCAAGCCAUUCGAAUGCUCUAAGAUGAGUGGUCUAAGCAAUUUGAAGCUGAAAAACAAUUUUCUGAAGCUAUGCAGGUUUUCGAUGUCCGGAUCUUGUAUUGCUACAACCUCUGCUGAUAAUUCAGCGAGAAUCUUCGAAUUGAACGAAGAACGGCGAGUGUCACUGUUGUCGAGCAUUCCUCUUGGCGAUCCGAUUUACGAUGCACAAUGGUUUUGCGGAGGAACGACUGAAGAACUUCUAGCAACUUCAGCUAAGUACCACCCAAUUCAUCUCUGGAGUAGCAAAGGCAAGCGGUAUGCGUCAUAUCGAGGAAUGAACCACUUAGACGAACUAACUGCGGCAUAUUCUAUUGCCUUCUCCAAUAGCGGUACGCGAUUGUACGGUGGCCAUCGUGCGCGUAUUUGGAUUUGGGACAUUGAAAGGCCAGGUCGACAGCACACUACAAUCGAGACCUGGGAAGAGGCAGGAACACUGAUAGCUGCUGGCAAAGGGAUUAACGCUUCCACAUACGUUACCCAGCUGCGGAAAUUGAGAGAUUACGCCGACCGUACUCGUGGGUCAAGUGCGAAACCAUCAUGGCAACGCCCGAUCUCACACCGCAAAGACGACAGAUGA